AUGAAGGAGAAGAUAGUAAUCAUAAUAUUCAUCUUAAUGUCUAUAAUUUUUGGAUGGACUGUAGAUACAUAUCAACAAUGUCAAUGUGAAGAGUUAAGUUUAUAAAGUGAAUGCAGUUUAGCAAAUUGUAAUUGGACUACUUUAAAUACUUGCUAAAGUAAUAAUUGCACAUAAUUUGAUUAAUUUUCAUGUUAGAGUCAUUCAUAAUAGUGCGCUUAUAAUUCAAAAACUAAGAGUUGCACUACAUUUGAGAGCUGUAAGACGUUAAAAGGAACAUCUCCUUAAAAUUGUUCGAGUUAAAACCCUUCAUGUUCAUGGGUAUCUGGGAAUUCAUGUACUUCGACAUAAGAUUGUUAUAAAUUCAGCGUCAAAAAUUGUCCAACGACAUGUUAUUCUAAUGGAAUGUAGUGUGAAUCAGUCACAUAAUGCAGUUAAUUGAAUCAAACAAUUUGCAACACCUAAGAUUUAUGCACUUGGAAUGUAUAUUGUGAGCCAGUUCAAUGUUCGAGUUAUUAAUCCGCAGACAGCUGUUUGUUUAGUUAAGUUUCUGGUUCAAGUAUACAACCAUGUUUAUGGAAAUCAGGAGCAUGUGUUAAUGCUCUUAGCGAGGAAGUCUUUAAUUCAUCAACUUGUUUUACUCACACUGGAUAAUCAUAUCAUUGGACUCUAAAAGAACAUUCAGACUCGGCUUAUUUUUGUAAAAGUUGCCAUCAAUUUCUAUUUACUAUUUCAAUAGUAAUAAUUGUUCUAUUUUUAUGA